GUGAAGAGUGAGGGACCCAAACUGGUGCCCUUCUUUAAGGCCACCUGUGUGUAUUUUGUGCUCUGGCUUCCCUCAUCCAGCCCAUCGUGGGUCAGUGCCCUUAUUAAGUGCCUGCCCAUCUUCUGCCUCUGGCUUUUCCUUCUGGCCCAUGGCAUCAGGUUCCUGCUGGUCCACCCCAGUGCCUCCCUCAUCUUUGUGGGGCUCGUCUUCUCUGCUGUGGGUGAUGCCUUCCUCAUCUGGCAGGACCACGGCUACUUUGAGUAUGGUCUCCUGAUGUUUGCUGUGACACACAUACUCUAUGCCUCGGCCUUUGGCAUGCGGCCACUGGCUCUCCGGACAGGUCUGGUGAUUGGAGUGCUGUCAGGCCUGUGCUAUGCUCUACUUUACCCAGGGCUGUCAGGUGCCUUCACCUACUUGGUAGGGGUCUAUGUGGCCCUUAUCAGCUUCAUGGGCUGGAGAGCUAUGGCAGGGUUGCGGCUGGUUGGGGCAGCCUGGCGAUGGACGGAGCUGGCGGCUGGCAGCGGUGCACUGCUUUUCAUCAUCUCAGACCUGACCAUCGCUCUCAACAAGUUCUGCUUUCCUGUGCCCUACUCUCGGGCACUCAUCAUGUCCACUUACUAUGCUGCUCAGAUGCUCAUUGCCCUGUCUGCUGUCGAGAGCCGGGAGCCAGUGGAAGACUAUAGACUGAGCAAGGCCAACUGAAGGGACUGGGGUCUGCUCACCUUUCUCCUGGGGCUGGGGCCCAGACUUUGGAAAUGUGCAGGAGCUGGAUCAGCAGGCACCUCCUGAGAAAGUGGCAGACUGGCUCGGUAAGCUGGAGGCACUCCCGGGAAAGCUGGUUGUCCAGGAUGAUGCUGAGAGCUCAAAGAGGCAGCCUCGUAUCCUUCGCCUAAGUCAAAGUAGACCUCUUGCACCCCAUCAGGGCUGUCAAAGCCCUCCUGGAAGGUGAUGGUGCUUGUUGACGCCCCUUUUUUGCUAGAUGGAAGAGUGUGACUAUCUCUUAUGCCUAGGACCAAUGGCAAUGCCAGGCUCAUCCUCUCCCACUUUUUCUCUCCCAAGAUGACCCAGGACCAGGGCUUGAAGCUCCUUCCCCAGGUUUCCUCUUGGGAAGAUUGGUUGAAAGUGGAGUGUUGUUUUCCUUUGUCUAGCCUUGUUACUUCAAAAGUCUCAGUCUUCAAGUAGUGAAUGGAUGUCUAUCUAUGAGAACUUCCUUGGUCUGGAAAUUUGAGGGUGCCAAGGUUUUAGAUUGGUCCUGUUUCACAGGUUGAGCUCAGGCUUCAACCAUCUCCCUCAGACUCUGUCCGCAAGGCUAAGGUAAACCAUGCCAAAGGAAGGGGCUGGUCUCUAGCUGUAUGUCUUUGUCCUGCUGUCUGUAACUGACUUAAAGGGAUGGGCCUCAGAGAGCUCCUGAAGGGUGCUUAACCUAGCUCAGAGCUGGGGGCCCUACCCUAGCACACCAACAACAGUGCUUUCUACCUGCCCUGGGAGUGAGAUCUAAAUGACACUUUGGGGUCUUAAGACGUAAGGCACAGUCAAUGCAAGGGGAGUAAGGCUGGGGUAACUCCACCCUCUACUGCCUAUGUGAAAAAUAAAAUAAAAUAAAACCCCAAGA